AUGUUGGCAAAGAAGGUAUCUGACUUAAACGUUCAUAGGCUCUCUGUUGUUGCGGAGGAUGCAUCCACCAGGAACGUGCGAUUCCCAUUCUCAAUUCAAGAGGCGUCUAAGCGAGGCACGGUUGUAGAUGUUCUUGGCGAGCCGGUUGACCUCGGUAACACAACUGGCAUUCUAUUAGGAGGUGUGUUGGGUUUCAGCCUCACCUUCUGGCUGAGUAGAGGGCUGCGCUCACGGUGCAAAAAUAGCCCAGCCGUUCCACUGACGAAGCGCACGACGCUGGUGUCCUCCCGUUCAGAUAUUCUUGGAGACUGCACGGAAAUGGUGUCGAUAGAUACGGAAUUGUCGUUCCAAAAAGCUUUUGAAUUAACAAGAAGUGUGAUUGCAACACCGUCAAGUUCACCUUUCUCGGUCCCUGUCCAGAGGACGAUGUCAUUGUUACAUGCGGAAUCUGAAGAUGCAGUGUUCUCGGGCCUGACAUUUUCAGAUGACGCGCUGAACGAGCUGGGAGUCCUUGUAGAGCGCGCGGCUGCAGCAGCUGAGUUAGUUACGUCAAGCUGGCUGGGCACCGACCAGCCUUCCCUCGGUGUGGAUCGAUUUAGCAGUGAUGAAAACGAUACUAACAUGGCAACACUGCCGGCAAUGACAUCACGCCAGUCGACUUGCACGGAGCCAUAUUCUAAAAUGCCUGAAAGUAUGACGAGCAGUGAUUCGGUCACUACGCCACCUCGUCCUCUGCAGAUCGGUAAUCAAAGAAAAGCACAAACUGAUGGAAAUCUGGACUCAGAUACACAGCCUGCACCUGUGCAGAUAUUGAGCUCUAGCCUGCUUCGCACUUGCGAUAAUGAACUGGCGAUUGGCGAAUUGACAAGACUGAUGAACUAUACACAGUCGCUCUCAGCGCGAUCGCUAUGCCGACCAAUGAGUGCGACGAAACAUCCACAAGUUGUGCAGAGUAGUCUUGGUGUUGCUGAUCGUAUCACCCGAGCUAAGGAGCGCUAUCUCCAGGCAUGUGCGAGACUCCAUGGAGAACCAAAGUCCAGCUUUCAGUCGAAGACUAAAUCCUGUGACGCGAGCGGCAGUCGUGUGGAGACGAAUGCUUUGCAGCCUAUAGAUGUCGUCGCGCUGCAGGAGGUGGCGAGAAAGGUUGAGGUGGCACUGGCUCGCAGCCAUGUAACGCAAGAGCGGAUGAAGUCGGCGGCACGGAAAGCGGUGAGAGAUACGAGAGAUACUGCUGCGAAAGUUCGGACAGACUGGUCAAAAACUUCGAGUUCGCGUGCGCCGUCAUGGAAUUCAAAUUCGCUUUUAUCAGACCUGGAUUCAGAGGCUGGUGUCCACCUUCGGUUGGGCCCAGGGGAUCAGGUCACUGGCAAACCGGAUAUAUUUGACAACUGUAUGCGCUCAUUCUCCUUUCGCGACAAGCAGGAAGCAUUCGAGUUGGUUAACGAUCUCGAAAUAGACAAAGGUCGCGGCCAUGUAAAUGACAGCUCAGGUAUCUACCAUGAGAACUCAUCACCCUCUGAAUCCAAUUGUAUAUCACCGGGUGCAUCAUACGGUGCCCUCGCGCUUUCGCUCACUGGCGAUGCGCGCGAAGGUGAGACGUUAUAUGCCAAGGUAUCAGGUUUUGUGCCACAGCCGGGCACUGCUGCGCUGAGUGUGAGGUGGCAGCGCGGGUCCGUCCCCUGCAGAACUGCUGAAGGCAGGCGGCCGCCCUCUCCGACCUUCAGAACUAUUCUUGGAGCAAAGAGCAUGUCAUACACUUUGACACGCGCGGAUGUUCGGAAUGUGAUACGGGUUGCCGUUGCCCUGGUCAACAAGUCGACAGAAGUUACGGAUAACAAAGGUGAUGAGCGGUGGUCCAAAUACGCAUUUGGUGCUGCCAAAACUGACAUUGCCGUCCAACCUCGCUAG